AGGGGGGCGCUGCGCACUGCGUCACAGGAGAAGCUCGUCGGUGCAGGUGCUGUUGGCUGAGUUGAGAGUCGCUAGCGGGGAAUUGGAGUUACGCGAUUUUGUCGGAUUUUUUUUUAUCAAACAAAAGCAACACAAAGUAAUUGUCAGAGAUGGCGUUGAGGAGGAGGCAUUUUCUUAACCGGAUCAGGGAGAGCGCCUCGUCGUUUCUAUUCCAGAAGAGCAGUCAGUCCAGCGUCGGCAUCAUCGGCGUGCCCUUCUCCAAAGGACAGAAACGAGGCGGAGUGGAGCACGCGCCGAUGCUCCUGCGGAAAGCCGGGCUCGUGGAGAAGAUUGAGGAAAUGGGCUACAACGUGGCCGACCUCGGAGACCUAUCGUUUGGUGAGGUGAAGGAUGACACGCCAUUCCAGAAACACGUGCCCUUCCCGCGAACUGUGGGCAUGGCUUGCCAAGGGCUCGCGCAGGCCGUGCGACAGGUGGUGUGUGACGGACGCACCUGCAUCACAAUUGGAGGCGACCACAGCCUGGCGAUAGGUUCGGUGUCUGGGCACGCAAUGGCACGGCCCAACCUGGGCGUGAUCUGGGUGGAUGCUCACGCCGACAUUAACACGCCACUCACGUCGCCGUCCGGGAACCUGCACGGCCAGCCACUCGCGUUUCUCCUGCAAGAGCUGACGAGCAAGGUACCAGCUGUGCCCGGCUUGUCAUGGGUCUCCCCUUGCUUGACGGUGCAGGACAUUGUGUACAUUGGGCUUCGGGACAUCGACCCUGGCGAACAUUACAUUCUGAAGAACUACGGGAUGCAGUAUUUCUCCAUGCGUCACGUGGACCGGCUUGGCAUCCGCAAGGUGAUGGAGAUGUCGCUGGAAUUUCUCAAUCCGAGAGGACGGAGGCCGAUCCACCUAAGCUACGACAUCGAUGCAUUUGACCCAUCGCUGGCCCCUGCCACUGGAACCCCUGUCUUGGGAGGCCUCACCUACAGAGAAGGCCUCUACAUUGCCGAGGAAGUCCACAACUCUGGCUGCCUGUCAGCGAUGGACUUGGUGGAGGUGAAUCCACUGCUGGGCGCCAGCACCGACGAGGUGAAUGCGACAGUGCAGCUCGGCUUGGAGGUGGUGCUGUCGUGCCUGGGGCGCGCGCGCGAGGGCUCGUACAGCUUGGGCUACACGCUGCCCUCACCCGUCAGCGGGGCCACGCCAGAAGAGCUGGCAGAGCAGGAGCUGUCGUUGUAACCUCCCGCACACCACUCCCCUCUGCCGGGGAGCAUUAAAUGGGCCGUGGGCUCGGUGGGUCCAACCUCCCGACAUCGUUUUUGUCUUCCACUGUGUAACAUAAACAGGCCCUGUUCAAAUGCAUCGACUGCGUGCAUGCAACAAAUGGCAAGCGCACAAAUGCCAAUUCCGCAAUGGGUAGCUCAGAGGUCAGAGGGUAGAGGCUGGUGCUCGCGAGAUUCUCGGUUCGAAUAUGGGCAACCGCCAGGGAUUCGAACCAGGUUUAAACAUAACGAGUUGAUGGCCUCAGCCCCAUCACAAAUGAGCUUGACUUCUCACGCAACAUUUCUCACCACCAGAUGUGGACAGAAUUAAUUCCAGUAAACAUGAAAAAUAUUUACAUUUUUCUCGUGGUUAAGAUUUGCUUCUCAAGAGAUCGACCCCACACCGUUUGUUCAUCGCAGACCUUGCUUGGACAAGACUGGUCCGCUAUUGAGCGGGACGAAAUGCUGCAGCAUAUUGCCAUUGGUGUCAAAAGCAAAUCCAUCACAGCUUAGCAUAAAAGCAGAGCAUAAAACUAUAACAAUAAACAUAGUUUUUCAAUGCUUAUAUAAAUGACAAUCUUGGUGAUUUAAAGGCAAUGCCAACUUGCGAGUGAGGUUUUGAAAAUGUGCUUUUUGGAAAUUGUUUGCGCGAAAUAGUAUUUAUUAAAUGACUUUUUGUUAAGUAUCUUGACCUUUUUCAAUGCAGUGUGAGAGAUUUUUUUUCGAUAAAAACCUAAUUGUUUGUAGAAUUCUUUAAAACGAUAAGCAAACGACAUUAAAAUAGCAGAAAUGCUUUUAAUGAGGUUUGAAAUUAAUUCAAACUCAGGAAUAAUUGUUUUUACGAUGCUGUUUUGUUGUCCGUCUUGGUGUGCACUCAAGUGAGUUUUAUAUGUUAGAGCAUUAAACAUGUGAAAUUGCUGAAUAUUAACACAAUAAAAUAUAUUUAUUUAAUGGAAAAGCCAUCUCUGUUUGCAUCAAUUAGUGUAUUUUAUUUUAAAUUAUGAAGGUUCACAGUAAUAACAGACAAUAAUAUCCAUGUUUGCAAAUGAUUGUUGAUGCUGUAAUGCGCACACAUAUAAUCUGUAAGAAAUAAAUGUUAAUUAAUAAAAUAGGAAAUUACAGAAUGGCAUUUUGGGAGUGCCUUUUGUAAAGAGGAUAUACCAGAUUAAAUGUUUCAAUUACAACAAUAUAACAUUAAAGGUAGGCUUCCUAAUGAGAUGUUGAUGUGAUUAUUAAGCGUGCGUUACUCCAUUAUUACAUUUGUAUUUAUAAAAAUGGCCACAUUCAUUCAUUGUUGCCUUGCAAGAGAAUAAAAAUAAGCUAACGUUG